AUUUUUGUUUUGUGGCAUCACUAAGCUGCUCUGUUUUGUUUACCUUAAGAUUUUUUUACCAUAAGGACAGUUUUUAUUUUUGUUUGAAAUCAAUCAACAUGAUUCGGCAAAGUUUUUUCUGCUAGUAUUUAUAUCUGGUUUAUUAUAUUUGAGAAUUUCAAUAUGAUUUCUGUUUGCUUGUUGUUUUCUUUUAUAGUAGGGAUAUUCAAUUUAAAAUGUUUAGCUUUCACAAUUGAAGAACUGAACGCAAUUCAAUAUGAGGUUAACGUGUUGAAAUAUCCUCUGAAAAAUAUGGGAGAACAACAUUUUUCUUUAGUGCCUAUGACUUCCAAAUCUGGUAAAGAGUAUGAAUGCUAUAUUCCAAAGCCUAAUGAAAGUUUAUCAGAAAGUGACAGUAAAAAUGGAAAAAGUAUUGAUAUUCAGAAACUUCUUGAACCCAUGUAUGAAGGAAGUUGUUUAUACAAAAUUAAAGAUUGGUGGACUUAUGAGCUAUGCUUUGGAAAGGCCAUAAAGCAGUUUCAUAUUGAAGAUGGAAGGAUUGCUGGUGAAAUUCUUACCUUAGGACUGUAUGAAUUAGAUAAUAAAUGGGAAGAUGAAUUGUAUGAGGAGAAAUUUGAACGUGUAAAGCCACAUCAUGCACAAUCUUAUGUUAAUGGAACAAAAUGUGAUUUAACUGGGCUACCUCGCAAUACUGAAGUUAAAAUAUUUUGUGAAGAAGAUUCUUUAGAUUAUAUAAACUGGAUCACUGAACCUGAAACUUGUAAUUAUGUCAUUACUGUUCAUACUUCACUUUUGUGCUCUCAUCCUCUGUUUAAAUCAUCAAAAGAACUUCAUACUAUUGUUUGCCAGCCUUCUGGAAUUGAUUAGAAAAGUGACGAAAAUUGACUGUACUUCUUCCUGUACUUAAAGUACUACCUGUACUUAAAAGAGACAUAUGUUGUUAUAAAAUUAAUUUUCAUAUUGUGCAGUACUGUAUAAUUUUUACUUCGUAAAUAUUUUUACAAUAAAGUUUUUCUGUUUUUUUUUA